AUGGAUCUUUUAAAGAUCCAUCUUUUCACAAAACUUGAUUUUCCAAAAGCUCUCGUCGGAGUACGCUGCUUUGUUGUUGCUUCUCCCUGCAAAAGAAGAAGAAGAGAACAGGGGAAGGAGAAAAGGGGGAGAAACGGGGGAAGAGAGGAAGAGAGGAGAGGGGUCGGCUGCUGGAAAACGGAGAGAAGAAGAGGGGAGAGGGGCGGCGGCUACCAGCAGCAGCUGCUCUCCCCUGCUGCUGUCCAGCUGCUGGCCACAGCAGCUUCCUCGUCGGGAAGAGGGAAGAGCAAGACUAGAGGGAGAAGAGGAGAGAAAGAGGGGGUUCGGGCAUGGAGAGAGAGAGGAAGAGGAGCGACGACUAUGGAGAAGGGAAGCUCGCCGGAAAGAAUAGGGAGAGAGAGAGAGAGGCGGCUGGAGAGAGGGAGGGGAGGAAGAGAGA